AUGAGUAGGUCACAACUAAGAGAAUUUCUCAUUUCUCCACUACUCCCUUUAGAAGUGCCUGACAUUCCACAGGUGCUGGUCUGCAUUGAUCUCCUUGGCCAAGAGGAGCAGCCUGGUUGUGACAACUCUGGCUUGGGAAGGAAUAGCCUGAGUCUUAAGGACCAAGGGACACUUGAAAAUGGGACUGAAUCUAAUGACAGUUUUGCAGACAUCGACACACUGGUGAAGGGUAUUCACCUUCCACAGGUCUUAAGUUCCUUGGAUGACCUUGAUCAGGCCCAAGGACCCAAGGUGAUCAAAACCAAAGACACCAGGGGCCUCAAGUUGCACGAAGUGCAGAAAAAGUCAAGUGUCAGAAAGACUCGCUCUGAUCAAGGCAGCAAGAUCAAACAUAAAGCCUCUGAGCCUAUGAGUGAUGCUCCCAAGACCAAGAUCAAGCCCGAGAGCCCAGAUUGUGUGUUUGUGGAAGAAGUGGUUCCUUGCAAUGCUGCAGCUGGUGGCAGGGCUCCUUCGAACAUGGCCAAGCAUUCUAACAGCAAACCUCAGAAAGCUGCAGCCAGCAGGACCAGCAAUACUAAGAGCCAUGGGCAGGAAAACACCAAAACAAACCAAGAAAACUACUCCAAGAGAGCUGAGGAGAGGAAGCAGUCAGGGAACAAAGUCAAGGCAGAGGAGAAGCCAGCCAUUCCCAAGAUGAAGAGGAAGAAAAGUCACCCUGAGCUGCCACAAGAAGCCAUCAAAAAGCCGCGCAGCGGCUUCGGUGUGCACAUGCUGGAGUCUGUGCAGGUUUUCCAUGCACUGGGCAAGAAGAGUGCUGAGAAAGCUGACCUGUCUUCCUCGCGGGCCCUGGGAAACUCAAGCAACCCCAAAGGCCCCCAGCCACGCCCAGCUACCAAACCAUGGCUGGUUAUGCCCCGUGAGGGCAAAGGUCCUGUGAAAACUCAAGUCCAACCCCCAAAACCACAUGGAAGUGCUGACAAAGGGUCUCCACCUCCAUCCCCGGACAAGCUGCCAUCUCCCGGGAAGGUCAAGUUGGUGCCAUUGGUUUUUCCAACCAUGGACAAGCCUCAAGCUCGACCUGUUCCUCGCAGGCCACAGUCUCUGGCAUCCCGUCGGCCUGCUGUGGCCAACCCUGCCAAGCCUGCUGCAGUCAAUGCAUCCCUGCUAAUGUCGACGAACCCAGCCGAACCAGGUUCGAACAACCCUACCCGGCCUAGUGUCCCUCAGCCUCCUGCUUCUAGGCCUGGGCCCUACAAAACAUCUUGUGCUUCCUUGAAGCGGGAGCCUGUUCACUCGGCUGUGAGCCAGCCCCGGACUCUGCUCAAGCCUCACAACUACUAUCUACUCCAGGAUUUCACCCUCCAACCAAUUCCAUGGAGGAAACCUGAGGUUCUUGGGCCAAUAAUGUCAACACCCAUCACAAAUGAGCAGAGGCCAGAUCGAGAGGCCAUGAAGAGGAAGGCUCAACUGGAGCGUGAAAAUGCUGCCAAAUUGGGGAAAAUUCAGCAUUUCAUUGAGAAGGAAAAAGAAAUGGACAUUUCUCUGUACUAUGGCUAUGUGAUGUAG